ACACAGAGACUCACACACAGCGAGAGAUCUUCAGACAGAGAGAGACACACACAGACACAUAAAGAGAGACACACACACAGGCACAGAGAGAUACACACACACACAGAGACACACACACAGAGACACACACACACAGAGACACACAGACACAGAGACACACACACACAGCGAGAGAUCUUCAGACAGAGAGAGACAGACCGAGAAAGACAGUCAGACAGACGGGAUACUUUUAUCGUGAGCGAGCGUGUGAGGAUGCAGGGGACGAUGAGGAGGUCGUGGUGAGGUGGUGGUGAGGAUGUGCGUGGGGUGAGGAGAUUUUGCGGGGCUACGGACAGAGAGAGACAGAGAGACAGAGAGAGAGACAGAGAUAUAGAGAAACAUACAGACAGAGAGACAGAGAGAGAGACAGAGAGACAGAUAAACAUACAGACAGACAGAGAGACAGAGAGACAGACAGACAGAUAGACAGAGAGAGACAGAGAGACAGAGAAACAUACAGACAGACAGAGAGACAGAGAGAGACAAACAGACAGACAGAGAGACAGAGACAGACAGACAGACAGAGAGACAGAGAAACAUACAGACAGACAGAGAGACAGACAGACAGAGAGAGAGAGACAGACAGACAGACACAGACAGACAAAGAGACAGAGAGCGUGGGACAGACAGCCACUAACGCUGUGUGGGUGAGGUGAGGGGUGAGGAAUUAGUGAGGAGAGAGGUGAGAGUGAGUUGAGAGAUAAUAUUGGUGAGGUGAGAGUGAUUGGUGGUGCGGUGAGGGUGAGAUUUACUCUCUGUGAGACAAUUAUUAGUGGAAAGAUCGUUGACAGUUAAGAGCUAGUCACUAAAGUUAAGAGAUAGUUAAUAUAGUUAGUUGGUAAAGUCACUAAAGUUAAGAACUAGUGAAUAUAGUUAGUUGGUAAAGUUAAGAACUAAUUAACAUAGUUAGUUGGUAAAGCCACUAAAGUGAAGAUCUAGUUAAUAUAGUUAGUUGGUAAAGUUAAGAGUGAGCCAACAGAGCAGAGCGCCACAAUCCGCCGAGUGGACCCGCCACUCCGACCCCAUGGCUCCAUCUCUUCGCCGGCGCGUGGCACCGACCCCGCGGUCGCUGCUGGUGACGCUGGCGCUGCUCUCGCUGCCGGCGUGUGCGCUGGCGCUCGUCGCGAAAGAUGCUCGCGGGAUGCCCGGCAAGCAGCACCAGCAGCAGCAGCAUCAUCAGCAGCUUGAAGCGGACGAUGCCGACGAUGGCGGCAAGCGGAUGGUGUUCCACCACGUCUACAACAUCAACGUCGGAGGUUCCGAGUGCGCCUCCGCUGCCGGAGAUGGUGGUGGCGGCGGUGGUGGCGAUGGUGGUGAUGGUGGAGCGGCGAGGACGGUGGAGGGAGGCGCAGGCGCGGUGUUCACCCAUCGCGUGGUCGUUCCACCGGUUCCCUGCGGCAACCACCAGCAGCAGCAGCAGAGGCAGUACGAGCAGGCGGCGGGCCUGCUGGCGCGCUUGGAGCUGCUGGAGGGCGAGGUCGCCUCGCUCCGAGCCCUCUGCUCCGUGCCCUCGGCCUGCUGCAACGGCGGGGGGCACGGGGCCUGCGGGAGCGAGCGCAUGGAGCUCACAGGAGAGACCGUGCAGAGAGACCCAUGCAGCGGCAGGGGUGCGCUGGACCCCAACACCCGCGCCUGCACCUGUGAGCCUGAAUGGACCGGUCCAGACUGCACCCUGAAACGCCCCCCGCAGGUUCUGAUUCCGGGCGGAUUGUCCGACGCGGGCUGCGUGGGCGGCUGUGGGGGUCGAGGCCGCUGCGUCUCCGGCGUGUGCCACUGCGGCGAUGCCUACACAGGCCCCGGCUGCCUCAUCCCCGCCGUGCAGGCCCAGCCCUGCCCCCAGGGCACCGACGGACACGACUGCCCCAAGGCGCCCGAGCCAACGGCAGAGAAAGUUCCGGCCCUGGUGCCCACCUCCACCACGGCUCCCACGGUCUCCGUGGGUACCGAUCCUCCCGUCGAUGGAGGAGGUGGAGACGUCGCGGGAGACGCCGUGGACUUUGACGACAGCGCCUGGGAGUCGGUGCUGCUCUCCCGUCUCUCCAUCCGCACCGUCACCUGCGUCGACAAGGCGGGAGAAGGUGGCCGAGGCGACGGAGGAGCUGGUGGUGGUGGUGGUGGAGGCGGUGGUGGUGGUGGUGGUGGAGGCGGUGGUGGUGCUGUCCCCGCACGCCGAAUUCGACCCCCGAGCAGCGACGAACCGAUCGGUGGCGUUGUCCUUCCCCCGUCAUCCCCGUCAUCCCCGGAGCCGGAGGAUGACCUCCUGGACAACGCGCUGGAGGACGUCGACGUCGCCGGUCGCCCCGACGACCGCGGCUACCACGACCCCAGUAACCACGGCGACGGGGCGGGAGCGGUCCCCGUCUCCGUGGUGGGGGUCAACGACACGAGUUUCACGCUCUCCUGGUUGCCGGCGGGCGUCCUCGGCACCGGCGCGCGCCGGCUGCUCGUCCGCUGGUGGCCGUCGGGGGCGGCGCCGUCAGGGUCGGGGGCUCGCGGCGGUGCCGGCAGGCCGGUGGGCGUGGCCGGAGGCGCCGGCGGGAGAGUGGGUGGAGCCAGCGCUAGCGAGAGAGUGGGUGGAGCCAGCGCUAGCGGCAGAGUAGGCGGAGCCAGCGCUAGCGAGAGAGUGGGCGGAGCCAGCGCUAGCGAGAGAGUGGGCGGAGCCAGCGCUAGCGGCAGAGUGGGCGGAGCCAGCGCUAGCGGCAGAGUAGGCGAAGCCAGCGCUAGCGGCAGAGUAGGCGGAGCCAGCGCUAGCGGCAGAGUAGGCGGAGCCAGCGCUGGCGGCAGAGUGGGCGGAGCCAGCGCUGGCGAGAGAGUGGGCGGGGCAGCCGGAGGCGGAGGGGAGGUGACGGUGCCGGUCGAGGCGGCCGUGCUGGUGGUCGCCGGGCUGCGCGAGGCGAGCGAGUACCAGCUGCUGGUACAAGGCGUCGUUGGCGGUGGUGGUGACGGCGACGACGACGGCUACGGGGCUGCUGAUGAGGAUAACAACGGCGAAGACGGGACGGUCGGGCCGGCGUUGCGCGUGUCCGUCACCACGGCCUCCUCGGAGAAGUCCCAGCGCCAUCGCCCGCGACCACCGUCCACCCCGUCCACCAGCGCCGUGCCGGCAAGCACCGGGCCUUCGCCCGCGCCGGGUUCAUCGUCGGCACCGGCGCCCGCCACCGUGCAGAUCGGCCUUGCGGCGUCCGAGGUGACGGCGACAUCGUUCCGCGUCUCCUGGUUCCCCGGGGAGCUCUCCUUCGACUCGUACACCGUGCGGUACCGCUCCCUCCACGAGGAUCAGGAGGUGGCAGGAGAGGAAGUGGGCGGGGCGGGCGGCAAAGUGGGAGGAGCCGGCGAGAGUGUGGGCGGGGCCAAGCACGAAGUGGGCGGAGCCAGGCACGGAGUGGGCGGAGCCUACGGCGGCGAACGGGAGGAGGGCGGCGACGGUAACGGUGGCAACGGGGAUGGAGGCGGCGGCGACGGUAACCGUGGCGACGACGAGGGAUGGAGGGAGCUUUGGGCCCCGGCCGGAGCUCGCUCGGCCGUCGUGACGGAGCUCACCGAGGGAGCUCUCUACGAGGUGCUGCUGCUGGGGGUCACGCAGAGAGGCGGGGGUAGAGGGGGGGGGAGCCCCCCCCCACCGCCACCACCAGCCCUACCCAGGUCGCCCCCCCUCCGACUCGUCACAGCGCUACGACCCCUGGGGGCUCUGACCGUCACCAAAGUCUCCCCCACGGCUGCCAGGGUCACGUGGCCACCCCCAAGUCCACGGGUCACGGGGGUGAGGGUCACAUGGUAUGCGCCCCACGUGGAAGGCCGCGCCGGGGCCGCCCGCAGCGCCCUGCUGGGAGGCCGCUCCACGUGGUUCACCGUCACCCACCUGUCGCCGCUCACUCGCUACGAGGUGACGGCCACGGCGGUGCGGGGCCCCGCUCGCAGCGCCCCCAGCCUGGCCGCCUUCACCACCGGCCUGGACCCCCCCCGCGCAGUGCGAGUGAGUGGGGUGACCCCGUGGGCUGCCCGUGUCAGCUGGAAGCCGCCGCUGGGGAACGCCACGGGGGGGUUCAGCGUCAACUACGAGGCCGGCAACGACACGCACGAGGAGUCGCAGGAGUUGACAAUCCCGGCGUCCACCCCGUGGGUGAAGCUGACGGGGCUGCGUCCCGACACCCACUACAGCCUCCUCGUCACGGCCAGCGCCGCACUGGAGGGCGUCCUCACGCGCAGCCAACCCACACGCAGCCACCUGCACACAGCCCAGCUGCCCUUCCCCUUCCCACGUGACUGUUCCCAGGUGCUGCUCAACGACCCCGAGAAGGGGGGGCCAGAGGGGGCAGCAGCAGCGGGGGCAGCGGGGGGGCAGGGGGCAGCAGCGAGGAGGGAGCAGGUGGUGGUUUACCUGCGGGGUGACCCUGCCAAGCCUCUGCACGUGACCUGUGACAUGCACACCGACGGAGGAGGAUGGACGGUGUUCCAGCGCAGGCAGAGUGGGCACACGAACUUCGAGCGAGGCUGGCAAGAGUACGAGGACGGAUUCGGGGAGCCCUCGCGAGAAUUCUGGAUGGGCCUGCGUGCGCUGCACGAGCUGUCGUCCCAGGCGCGCUACGAGCUGCGUGUGGAGCUAGGCGACGGGGAGGCCUCGGCCUUCGCCCAGUACGACCGCUUCACCGUGGGGGACGCCGCCUCGCUGUACCGCGUGCGCAUCGGAGAGUACAGCGGGGACGCAGGUGACUCCCUGUCGUACCACCACGGCCGGGCGUUCUCUACGCCGGACCGUGACCACGACGGGGCAGCCCCGCACUGUGCUGAGGCCUACCGGGGCGGCUGGUGGUACCGCAACUGCCACAAGGCCAACCUGAACGGGCGCUACGGGGACACCAGCCACAGCAGGGGGGUGAACUGGGUGGCGUGGCGUGGCCACGAGGGGUCUCUGAGCUUCGUGGAGAUGAAGCUGAGGCCGCACGCCUUCCAGGACACGGUCGCCAAGCGGAGGAGACGCCACGGGGACUAACGGAGAGACCACGGGGGACUAACGGAGACAC